AUGGCGCCUUAUACUCCAGCUGCCUGGAUGCCGGACUGGCCUCGACAUUCACAAGAGCCUCGAAAGACUCCCUCGCCACAACCAUACCAUGGCAUGGAGCUUACAUUUCCAGCUGAGAUCAGUAUCAAAGCCGCACCACAACUCGGAUAUCGCCGCCAUGAGUUUGGAAACAGAGACAGUCAAAUACAUACAAUGGAUUCCACUCACUCGGGCGACCAACCACCGUACCCUGUCACGCCUUAUCUGCCCCAAAUCGCAGUUCCAGAGUCUCAGACACCUCGUCUGGUCGAGUCAGGGACAUUUCUACCCAGGAAUAUGCAAAGAACGGCGUCGGCGCAGGACAAGGCUUCUUACCAAGAACAUUACUUUCAGCCGGCACGUCUUCUCCAACCGAAACAGGGCUUCAUGAUUCUCCAUGACGAGCCAAAAGCGCAAGAUGAGCAGCGUUUCGGAACGUUCGUCACUAAUGAGGCCGGAUUCCUCAUGAUCAGGCCGUUGCGAGAAGGAUCUUCGCGAUACACGAACCACGACAUGGAUCAUUCAUUGAUUGAGCAUGUCGAGACCGCCGAGCUUUUCGUUCGGAAGCGAUGGAAUAUCUCGAGCAAUCACCAUCGAAAGCGCGCUGUCGUCGAAAGCAAGGCACUGUGGCAGAUCAAGCACGCGGGAUCGUCACCGCAUACCAUCGGCAUCUUCGAGACCUUCUUCGAACCAUGUUCUAUCUAUUGCAGCAUGAUCACAGAGUACUGUGACUGCGGUACGCUGGAAGACUUCAUCAACCGCUACAUUCGAGAGGCUAAGUCGACUCCUGAAGCCUUCGCUUGGCACGUGCUGUCGUCGUUAGUCUCAGCUCUGUGCAUGUGUCACUAUGGCUUGAGCGAUGCGCAAAGCCUGAUCACUGUACAGCCUUGGGCCACGCUUUAUCACUUCGACGUCCAACCUGGCAAUAUAUGGCUAUCUUCUCAAGACACAGCAUACCCACGGGUAGUGCUUGGCAAUUUCAGCUGCGUGAGCAGUCGAGUAGAGGUGGAGUCGGGAGAAGCACAUAACGCCAUCCAGAGAUACGGCACUUCUGCUUGGCUACCACCAGAAGCCCACCCCAACCAGCAUUUUGCGGCGAUCCUUGGCAAGUGUACUGACAUCUGGCAAGCAGGGGCUGUCAUCCAGGCCAUGUGCUACUUGAUCCGUAUACCAGACAUGACCUUGGCUGAGAGGCCAUGCGGAAGCCGGUACUCCUUCACACUCAACAACAUCAUCUCGUGUUGCAUGAACUGGGACUGGGCCAACCGACCCACUGCGGUCGACCUGAUGAGAGAGAUUGAGAGGGGGAGACAUACACUAAGAUGGAAGGCAGACGGCCAAUCGAGAUACCAGGAUCGUAGGUGA